AUGCGAUCGGCCUUUUUGUCGAUGCUGGGGCAUCAAUUGCAAACCCCGUUGGCGAUUAUCAAGGGGUACACGAACACCCUUUCGCGUUCCGAUGCAGACUGGGACUCCAGCACGCUGCACCGCAUUUUUGAAGCCAUCGAAGAAGAAACCGACCACAUGAGCCAAUUGAUGAACCGGUUGCUGUUGGCAUCGCGCCUGGAAACCGGUGAACUGCCAAUCAAUCAUGAACAGGUUCAGUUGUCAGCUCUCGCCCAAAAAGCAGUGGGCCGACUGCAACCCGCCGCCAACAACCACGAUUUCUCGGUAGAGUACCCUGAUUACCUUCCCACAGUAUCCGGCGAUCCGGGCCUGCUUGAGGAGGUCAUCAUGAACCUGUUGGAUAAUGCCGUGAAGUAUUCACCCGACGGCGGCUCCAUCGAAAUUCUUGUCGACGGCGACGCCGCGCGCGGUGUAACUUUGACCGUGAAGGAUCACGGUGUCGGCGUUCCCAGGUGGGAAACCCGUCGCAUAUUCGAACGAUUCACCGUUCUCAACAUCCCGUCUCUGUCCAAACCCGCGGCAUGGGAAUCGGCCUCUACAUUUGCGACGCUGUGA